AUGGCGUCCUCUACUGCCGUGCCUGUAGGAUUUCACUAUGAAACAAAAUACGUAGUUCUCAGCUACCUGGGACUCUUGUCGCAAGAGAAGCCGCAGGAACAUCCUCCUCCUUCAACACAAGGGACUCAGCAACAGCUUAUGGCACAACAUGCUUUGGAGAAAGAGGCUUUGGAGAAGAUUAAAAUAGAAGUCGAGGAGGAGCUAAAACAUCUUGAUGAAGAAAUCUUGGAAGCAUUUACCACUACAGGAUUUGACUGCCACACUUCCCCAGUGUUCAGUCCUGCCAAUCCAGAGAGCUCAAUAGAAGACUGCCUGGCUCAUUUGGGGGAGAAAGUGUCCCAGGAAUUGAAAGAACAUCUGCACAAAGCACUGCAGAGCUUGCUUAGCAAGCCGGUGACAUAUCAAGAAUAUCGAGAGCGCACACAAGAGACAGCUGCUCAUGCCAGUGGAUGGAACAAGGUCUUGGUCCCCCUGAUUCUGCUACAACAAUUUCUGAUGGAGUUAACCAGACGGGGCCAGGAACCACUGAGCGCACUUGUGAACUUUGGGGUGACAUAUCUAGAAGACUAUUCUGCAGACUAUAUCAUUCAACAAGGAGGAUGGGGGACGGUCUUUACUUUGGAAUCCGAAGAGGAAGAGUACCCCGGGCUCAUCGCAGAGGACAGUAAUGACAUCUACAUCCUGACCAGUGACAACUCGGGACAGGUGAGCCCCCCGGAGUCCCCCACGGUGACCACGUCGUGGCAGUCGGAGAGCCUGCCCGUCUCCCUGUCAGCGAGUCAGAGCUGGCACACGGAGAGCCUGCCAGUCUCCUUGGGCCCCGAGUCCUGGCAGCAGGUGGCCAUGGAUCCUGAAGAAGUCAAAAGCCUGGACAGCAACGGAGGGGGCGAAGAGAGGAGUGAGAACAACUCUUCCAACUCUGAUAUUGUUCACGUGGAGAAGGAAGAGAUACCGGAGGGGAUUGAGGAAGCAGUGGUGUCGGCCGUCGCUGCAGAGACCAUGCAGGCAGCGUUUCCAGAGACCCCUGCUUCUUUACAGGAAGUAAAACCUCAAGCUGAAAUUGCUGCUGUUGAAAAAGCACAUCCCUCCGCGCCUCUGCGUACAAAACAGGAGGAAAAGGGAAAAGUGGCCGAAGAGCUUGUUGAACCUGAAAUCCCUGUAUUAAGUAAACCUGUCCCAAAGUUAGCCCCAUCAGAAGAAAAGGCUGCACCGGAACCUGAGAAAAUACUGCUUCCAGGGGAAAAAAAAGGGGGGAAAGAGGGCUGUUUGGAAGAAAUAGAAGAGAAAACCUCCGCUGCAGAGGAGAAGCCUAUCUUAUUGCCGGAAGGGAAAUCUAUAUUGCUGUACGGUGGGGCUGCCGCGGUGGCUAUAUUAGCUGUGGCAGUCGGAGUAGCGCUGGCGCUUAGGAAAAAGUAACGGAGCUCUCUGGAGGAGGAGGAGGAGGAGGAGGAGGGGGGAGCUCUCAGAGAGCACGAUCCAAUGUUUGUAGUUGUGUUACCUAAAGGUUGAGCUGCCUACUGUUUAACUGGACGUUUGAGUAACUUAAUGGUGACGGGGUGAGGUCGUUCAAUAAGCCUCCAGCUAUGGACAAUCACAUUUUUAGUAGAAAUGGGGCGGGGACUGGUUUUUCGUGAUUAAAGUACAGGGGUAUUUUUAAAAAAAAAAAAAAAAAUAAAUUCUGCAAAU